CUCCUUCUCUGAAUGAAUUGCCUUGCAGGAGGGACUGAAAAUACAGCUUCUUCCUGAAUCCACUGGCAGAGUUACUAAAGAGAGCUCAAGACACAACACCGCAGAGUAACGCCUUGGAAUGUCCUCGCACUUUAUAAACAAUUGUCCUAGGGAGGGAAUAUUUUUACAUGACAUUUGCACAGCUUGACAAAUGGCUAGCUGAGGCUGUGUGCUUCUCUGAUGAACGUUGAAUUUCCCAUAGAGAUACCCCACAAACUGACCAAAGAGAGAGAUUUAACUGCACUGGGAAAGUAGAAGUGGAACUUGGAGCCUUCAAAAAACCCCACCAAAACAACAAAAAACCAGCAGCAGUUAAGUGAAGAGCGCAAGAAUUUGAUCUUGGGCAGGAUGGCAUCUGCCCAGGACCUUUUAAUCCUGGCACUAUAUGGCUUGUUACUAGAGUUACCGACUGGAUGUCAUGCAACAGAUACGAGGCAGCCAAGGUUACGUCUGUCACAUAAAGAGCUCUGGGAUUUAAACAGGACUUCAGUCUUUCAUAGCCCAUUUGGAUAUCUUGGUCUUCAUAUAAUGCUGCUGGAUGAGUAUCAAGAACGACUGUUCGUGGGAGGAAGAGACCUCUUGUAUUCCCUCAGUUUGGAUCGAAUCAGCGACAACUACCGAGAGAUCCAUUGGCCUAGUACACCUCUGCAGGCAGAAGAAUGCAUAAUUAAGGGAAGAGAUGCUGAUGAAUGUGCAAAUUACAUCCGUGUCCUUCACCGAUACAACAGAACACAUCUUCUGGCUUGUGGAACAGGAGCUUUUGAUCCGCUCUGUACUUUCAUUAGAGCUGGACAUCCAUCAGAGGAUCAUCUGUUUCAACUGGAAUCGCACAAAUUUGAGAGAGGACGAGGCAGGUGUCCUUUUGACCCCAGUUCUUCCUUCACCUCCAUUUUAAUUGGUGGUGAACUUUUUACUGGUCUCUACAGUGACUACUGGGGAAGAGAUGCUGCUCUAUUUCGCACCAUGAAUCGCAUGGCCCAUCUCCGAACUGAACCUGAUAGUGAGCGCCUGUUGAAAGAGCCAAAAUUUGUUGGCUCGUACAUGAUCCCUGACAAUGAAGACCACGAUGACAACAAAGUAUAUUUCUUCUUUACUGAAAAAGCAUUAGAGGCCGAGACAAGCACUCAUGCUAUAUAUACCAGAGUGGGACGCGUAUGUGCAAAUGAUAUGGGAGGCCAGCGAAUGCUUGUGAAUAAAUGGAGCACUUUCCUCAAAACCAGACUAGUUUGCUCUGUGCCCGGGAGAAAUGGAAUUGAUACACAUUUUGACGAAUUAGAGGAUGUGUUUUUGCUGCAAACUCGUGAUAACAAAAAUCCAGUGAUAUUUGGCCUCUUCAAUACUACAAGCAAUAUAUUUAGAGGAUAUGCUGUAUGUGUUUACCACAUGGCAAGUGUCCGAGCAGCUUUCAAUGGACCAUAUGCUCAUAAAGAAGGACCUGAGUACCACUGGGCUCUAUACGAAGGAAAAGUACCUUAUCCUAGGCCUGGUUCAUGUGCCAGCAAGGUGAAUGGCGGUCUGUACACCACUACCAAAGACUACCCUGAUGAAGCUGUCCAUUUUGCCAGGAGUCAUCCACUGAUGUAUCAGCCCAUCAAGCCUGUUCAUAAGAGACCAAUACUAGUUAAAACAGAUGGAAAGUACAAUCUUAAACAAAUAGCAGUGGACAGAGUGGAAGCCGAAGAUGGGCAAUAUGAUGUCUUGUUCAUUGGCACAGAUAACGGAAUUGUGCUGAAAGUCAUUACAAUUUACAAUCAAGAGACAGAAUCAAUGGAAGAAGUGAUUCUUGAAGAGUUGCAAGUAUUCAAGGUGCCUGUUCCUAUUAUUUCUAUGGAAAUCUCUUCAAAAAGGCAACAGCUCUACGUUGGAUCUGAGUCGGUUAUAGCUCAAGUGAAGUUCCACCAGUGUGACAUGUACGGCACGGCCUGCGCUGAUUGCUGCCUCGCCCGGGAUCCGUACUGCGCUUGGGAUGGGAUCUCCUGCUCCCGAUACUAUCCCACAGGAAUGCAGGCAAAGAGACGUUUUCGCCGACAAGAUGUUCGACACGGAAAUGCCGCACAGCAGUGCUUUGGCCAGCAGUUCAUUGGUGAAGUCCUGGAGAAGACUGAGGAGCGACUUGUUUACGGAAUAGAGUACAACAGCACCCUUCUGGAGUGCACCCCUAGGACUUUACAAGCAAAAGUAAUCUGGUUUGUCCAGCGAGCGCAUGAAGCUAAGAAGGAAGAGGUGAAGACAGAUGAUAGAAUAAUCAAAAUGGACCUUGGCCUCUUAUUCCUGAAGCUGCAUCGUUUGGAUGCAGGGACCUAUUUUUGUCAGACAGUGGAACACAGCAUUGUUCAUACUGUCAGGAAAAUCACCCUGGAAAUAGUUGAGGAAGAGCGUGUAGAUGAAAUGUUCAAUAAAGACUAUGAGGAGGAGAUACCUCACAAGAUGCCAUGCCCAAUGCAGAGCAGUAUACCUCAGGCAUCAAAGCCAUGGUACAAGGAAUUUCUUCAACUAAUAGGUUAUAGCAACUUCCAGAGGGUGGAGGAAUACUGUGAAAAAGUGUGGUGUACAGAUAAGAAGAGAAAAAAGCUAAAAAUGUCUCCAUCCAAGUGGAAAUAUGCCAACCCUCAAGAGAAGAAGGCAAGGAUCCGGCCAGAGCAUUACCGGUUGCCCAGGAACAUAGCUGACUCUUGAUGGACAAACAUCCAUCUACUGUUUCUGGGCAAGAUUUUAUUUGGACUUAAGUAAGAGGGUGAAAUCAGUCUUGGUUUUGGUAAUUGACACAGGUUUAUAUAUGAAAUAUGAGGACUGAAAACAAAAAUGCUAUGGUAAGUUAUACUGUACACUCAUGAUGACUGUUUAGAAGCAUUUUAAACAAAAUCUUCUUAACUUUCUGAUUCUAAGUAGGUCAACACAAUCAGAGUUUUGCAUUAGGGAGGACGUGACAAUCUUCAGACUUUGAGUGCUUGAAUCAGUUUCCUGUGUGGACCAUGCUUGCGCUGUAUAUUGUUGCAUAUGAUGGCAUAUUUAAGCAAAUUCAAAUAGCUAAGCAUUCACAAGCAGAUGACAAGUAUAACACGUUUUUUCUUCGUUUCACAAAUUUCUCAUGCUUCUGAAAGCAGCACGUCUUAAGAUCUUUCCUUUUGAUUGUGACCUGUCUGAGUUUCUCACUGAGAACAAUGAGUUGUGUUAAUACAGUGUACUGCUAUUUGUAAAGAUAAUGAAGGGAAAAUACUAUUUACUUCCCAACAUUUUUUGUCUUAUCAGUCAUUUAUGAAGCGCAAUGUGCUCUCACAGCUAAAUAAUAUUCCCUAGUAACUCGAUGUAAGUCAAAUGCAUGCUGAGAACACAAACAGAAUGAAAGUCUUCAACUUAUCUAUAUAAAAAUUUGGAACGAUGGUUUAGAUAGAAAACGAGUCUAUCUUGUUGCUAGUAAUGGACAUUGCCUUAGUAAUGACACGAAUUAAGGGAGUGCCCUCUUGUGGCAAAACAAAGUAAAAGCUGAUGUUAUCUCUUUUCUGAAGAAACGUGUAAAGCAAGGAGGUAUUACCCAGAUCCACAGCUGGUUUGUUUUCAGCACACACUUCUAGUCUCCAUGUGCUAAAUCCACAGAUUUAGAAGGAAGGUGGAAGUCAUUUAUGCUGGAAAGACAGCAUUUAAAGUAAGUAAUGUUUUAUGUUGUUAAAGUGCUUAUGGGGUAAAAUGCAGUCAUAAAAAGUUAGGAUGUAGAUUAAAAACAAGAACAGCAUUAUGCAGCUGUGUUUCUAUAGUUUCAGGGUCUGAGUCAGGUAAAUCUUUUCCUGGUAUGUAAUCUCUGGUCAAAAGGGCUGCUUUGCUGCUCUUGUGAGCGAUACCAGGAGAGGUCAAAGAACCAAGUCACUUAGAAUCUAGGUCUUUCAAGACUUACUUAAAAAAAAAAGAAAGAAAAAAAAAAA